UUAAGAUAGGACAGAGUAGAAGGCAAAGUUGAAUCUACUGAUGAUUGGCAGGGAAUUCUUUCUGACUCCCAUUAAUUUUAGAAAAGCAACAACGAAAAGGCUUCUCCCACCCUGAAAAGGAGGUUGUCAAAAUAAAGAAAGGUUGGGAUAAAACCAAAGCUUGGAGACAUUAUCUUUUUGCACUAUAGGUCCCGGAAUUCCAAUUGGUGGUUCAGAACAGGAGUGGAGUUCUGUAUAAAUAGCUUAUGAGAUGAGUUUGUGUCCUGGAAACAAAAAUUUGAGCUGAGUAGUGGAUGAAGAUGCAUCAUGAAAUCUGCUCACUUAUCUGUCCUGUUUGUAUAUUUACGUUCACAAAUGAGUUUUGUACUGGGGUCACAUUCAUAACAUGGAUACCAAUUGCUUUUCCCAAUAACAAUGGUCAUUUUCUCUUUUGGAAUUUUAUUGCUAUUACAACAUUCUGACUGCUCCUGUGAAGUCAGUUACAUUGUGAGCCCAUUAUACUCUUAUCUGGCCUGAUAAAAGACAGUGCUUGAGGACAGCUCCACUCAUAACCACUCCAACCAUAAGACAGCAAAACUUGGAGCAGUGUCUUGGCUUUCAAAGUUUUGAGGGUGAGUGUUAAGUGCAAGGCACAAGGAAUUUCUCUGAAACUGCUCAAUGAGGAAAGGAAGAUCUGUUGGAUGCUGAGACAAAGAUGCUGAAAAGUCUGUAGAGCAUCUAAAUAGCGAACAAACAUGCCACAUAGCUUUGCGAUUCUGGUUGCUGCUGCUCUGCAUUGGUUUGUAACUUAUAAAGGCAGUAGCAGCAAUAUUGGUCUUGCAGGUGCUUCCAUAGUCCCAGUUGGAGACCCAAAUAUAGCAGUGGGGAAAAUAUCAUCCCAGUCCAGUACCUAUGAAGAAAAGGGGACAUCAGAGAAGGCUAUAGAUGGAUCAUUGGCCAACAGUUAUGCCCAUGGAGACUGCACUCUGACAAACAAGGAGUUUGAACCAUGGUGGAUGGUAGAUUUGACUUCAGCCUUCCAGGUAUCUGCCGUGGUGAUAACCAACAGAGGAGACUGUUGUGAGUCACGGAUAAAAGGAGCUGAGAUUCUGAUUGGAGAUUUGCCACAGAAGGGAGGUACAAUGAACCCCAGGUGUGCUACAAUCAACAGCCUGGGGCUCGGGGAAACCAUGUCCUUCAACUGCGGAGGGAUGCAGGGCCAGUACGUGACCAUUACCAUCCCUGGGAGAAAUGAAUUCCUCUCACUCUGUGAAGUCCAAGUUCUUGCACACCCAUGGCUUCACAUAGUUCAUGAUGGAGGGCGGAGUCCUGUGAGAGACAGUGAAACAGAUUUAGGUCUGCAGGGCAGAGUGCUGAGUUUUCACAAUCAGUCCAAGAGCAGUUUUGUUAUCAUCUCUCCAAUGCAGCCCCUGAAUCUGAUGGAGUUCACACUAUGCAUGCGAGUUGCAGUUGAGGAUCUGGGCGAACGCAAGGUCAUCCUUUUCUCCUACCACUCUCAGAAUGAUGAACUGAGGAUCUUUCGUGAAGGAAAGGGCCGCUUCAGUUUAUACAUGGGGGGUCAGAAUGUCAUGUUUGCCCUCCCUGAUCUCAGCACUUUGGGGAGCCACAUAUGUGUGACCUGGGAAUCCAAGCUUGGCCUCACAGCCUUUUGGAUGAAUGGACAGAGAAGCAUCCGAAAAGUGCAUAAUGUGGGGCAUAUCCUUCAGUCAGGGGGCACUGCGAUUCUUGGACAGGAUCAAGGGGUGCAAAGUAUGUCAGAACAGGAGGAGCGGCGUUUUGUGGGGGAGAUAACGGAACUUUACAUGUGGGAUUAUGUGCUGAAAUCAAGUGAUGUGCAGGAUGUAUUCCAGGUCCGUCAGUUUCCUAAAGGAAACAUCUUUGACUGGAAAAUGUUAUCAUACAAAAUUACAGGGAGCGUGAAAGUAUUGCCUAGGGACUAAUGACUAAGGAGGAUAUACAUUGACAUCACUGUGCAUGUAGUUUUCCAUUUUGUAAAAAAGCAUGAAUUCCCUGCCUCUGAGCUGUGGAAACUAGAUGACAAAGUCUUGAAGUAUUUGCACACUUACUGUAUAUACUCAAGUAUAAGCCAUACCCCUUGGCUUAUACU